AUGACCUUCUACGUUCAAACAUGGGAUGAAUACUAUACGCAAGUCCUCACCUUGGGCGUGAUUUCCGGUCCCGUCGAGGGCAUCCUCACCAUAUGCCUCGUCUACCUGAUCACCGCCUACAUGGGCGGCGGCAGUUUCUGGCACCAGCCCAUGCUGGAAACCAUCGGGGUGCCGAAGCCGGGCUUCCUCCCAAGCCAGGUGUACAACCUGCCCUUUACAUAUUGGUAUCUUGGAUAUGGCUCCCUCAUGCUCUGCUUAGCCAUCGGCUCGAGUAUCAUGAACGUCAUGAAGGUGUGUCGCAAGCGAGGCCAGGACCCCGUCGGGCCGCUGUGUGGCCUCCUGCCCUUGGCGGUCAUCUGGACUCUCAUUCCCGCCUACCUAUACCUGCAGCCAGUGAUUCUGGAAAACUACACCAUUCCCUUUGGAGUGUUUGUAAGUCUUAUCAAUGCCUACUCUGUGGGCCGCAUUAUCAUCGGCCACCUCACUCAGACGAGUUUCCCCUACCAAAAUAUCCUGCUGUACCCGCUCGCUUUGGGUGUUUUGGACAGCGUGGGUGCGAUGGUCGGCUUGUGGUCUGCCCCCGUGCUUGGGUUUGGUGUUGGGCAGGUGGCAUUCACAUUUGGGUUAUUGGGACUGGCUGUCGGUGUGUACGGUAGCUUCGUGUUCGACAUUAUCACCACGAUAUGCGACUACGUCGAUAUCUGGUGCCUCACAAUCAAGUACCCGUUCGUCGAGGAGACCGAGCGCAAGACCGGCGUGUCGAAGAAGACCAAAUAA